AUGAAAACAGGAUACAGUAAUGGUGGAUUUUAUAAGGGUGGUGAACGUAUUUCCGGCGAUCGGCCUCCAACUGCUCCCACGGUUCAGCAACCCAACCGCCGUGACAUUGCUGCUGAAGAUGUCAGAGGAACCGAUACGCCGCCUGAGAAGGUACCGCGUCGAGUUUUGCCGGCGAAUUUCGCGCCAACAGACAACUCCGGUUCCUCUCUGUUUGAGAACAUCAUGCAUAAAUUCGUCAAGGUCGACAAUAACGAAAGGGUUAUUAAGCGGAGCCACUCAUUGAAUGGUAGUUUGCCUACUGAUGCUGAUCGUAAAGGGGUGCACAAGGAAGAAACAGCUUUUCAACCUUUGGUGAAAGCAAAAGAUAAUGCUGUGAAUUUCAAGGAAAAACCUAAUCAGGGAAACAUGGCACUGGUUGAAACCGAUGAUGAUGUUGCUGGACCAGAAACCCCAGGGAUGAAGCCUCUUGCUUCUCAGGUGAAGCGUAGUCAUGAGGACACAUCCAAGUUUGGUUGCUUGCUGAAUUCUAAACGAGUCAGAUUUCUUGAUCAUUCAAUGACAUUGGACAUGACUAAGAAGGAAGUAGAAGUGGCUAGCAAGUUUGAAUGGCUUGAUCCUUCUCGAAUCAGGGAUGCUAAUGGAAGAAGGCCGAAUAAUCCUUUGUAUGACAGGACGACGCUAUAUAUUCCUCCAGAAGUUUUGACAAAAUUGUCAGCAUCACAGAAACAGUAUUGGAGUGUCAAAUGUAAAUAUAUGGAUGUUGUGUUAUUUUUUAAAGUGGGAAAAUUUUAUGAGCUUUAUGAAAUGGAUGCUGACAUUGGCCAUAAGGAGCUUGAUUGGAAGAUAACUUUAAGUGGUGUUGGAAAAUGUCGACAGGUCGGUAUAUCUGAAAGUGGGAUUGAUGAUGCUGUUCAAAAGCUGGUUGCACGUGGGUAUAAGGUUGGACGAGUGGAGCAAUUAGAGACAUCUGAAGCAGCAAAAGCUAGAGGAGCCAACUCUGUUGUUCGGAGAAAACUAGUUCAGGUGGUCACUCCAUCAACCAAUGUGGAUGGUAAUAUUGGUCCAGAUGCUGUUCACCUUCUUUCAAUAAAAGAGGAAAACAAUGACUUAGAUAAUGGUUCAGUAGUGUAUGGAUUUGCUUUUGUUGAUUGUGCUCGGCUUAGGUUUUGGGUUGGCUCCAUAGAGGAUGAUGCAUCCUGUUCUGCUUUGGGAGCUUUAUUGAUGCAAGUGUCACCGAAAGAAGUUAUGUAUGACAGCAGAGGGUUGUCCAAAGAAGCUCAGAAAGCACUUAGAAAAUUCUCAUUAAUUGGUUCGGCAACACUACAGUUCACUCCAGUUCAGUCAAUCACUGACAAGGUGAACUCUGAAAUUAGGGAUUUAAUUGACUCAAAGGGAUACUUCAAAGGAUCAUCUCAUUCACUGGAUCUUGUACUGAACAAUGUGAUUCAUCCUGAAAUCACCUUGUCUGCUCUGGGUGGAUUGAUUGGUCUUCUGGAUAGAUUGAUGUUAGAUGAUGUCCUACUUAGUGGGGAUUUGUAUCCAUACCAAGUUUACAAGGGUUGCCUGAAAAUGGAUGGUCCAACAAUGAUAAAUCUAGAACUUUUUGUUAAUAAUGAGGAUGGUUCAUUGUACAAUUGUCUUGACAAGUGUGUAACAUCAUCUGGAAAGCGGCUUCUUAGGAACUGGCUCUGCUGUCCAUUGAUAGAUGCUGAAAUAAUUAACAACAGGCUUGAUGUAGUGGAUGAUCUAAUGGCUAACCCGGAGAUUGUGUCGCAUAUUGCUCAACAUCUUCGCAAGCUUCCAGACUUGGAACAUUUGCUUGGUCGAAUUAAGUCCAGCCUUCAAUUAUCAGGCCCUCUCUUAUUGCCCUUGUUGGGAAAGAAAAUAUUGAAGCAGAGGGUGAAAGUGUUUGGAUCACUUGUGAAUGGCGUUCGGACUGCUUUGAGUUUGUUGCUUCUUUUAAUGAAAGAGCAACAUCUAAUAUCAUCUUUGACCAAAGUUUUUAAACUUCCAAUUCUGACUGGUAGUGAGGGGCUUGAUCAAUUUCUUAUUCAGUUUGAAGCAGCUGUGCGUAGUGACUUCCCAAAUUACCAGUUUGAAAAUAUUGGAUAUAUGAUUGAAAUGGAGGCCAAAAUGUCGAGUUUCAUUAAUUAUGGUCACGUUUGUGAACAUGAUUCGGAUGCUGAAACACUCACAAUACUUGCUGAAUUAUUUUUGGAGAAAGCUGCUCAGUGGUUUGAUGUUGUUCAUGCCAUCAAUUGCAUUGAUGUAUUACGAUCUUUUGCUGUUACUUCUAGCUUUUCUUGUGGAACUAUGUCUAGGCCGGUCAUAGUGACAUCAAAAGGUACAAGUGUCGACAAUGGUGGAACUGUGCUUAAGAUGAAGGGACUAUGGCAUCCAUUUGCCCUGGGAGACAGUGGAUGUUUGCCUGUCCCAAACGACAUAAUACUUGGUGAGAGUGAAGAUGGGUCUCAUCCACGCACUUUGCUGCUAACUGGACCAAACAUGGGAGGAAAGUCAACACUUCUGCGUUCCACCUGUCUAGCUGUUAUUAUGGCCCAGUGCACAGAAACUGCAUCGGUGCUUCAGAAUGCUACCCAAGAUUCUCUUGUUAUCCUUGAUGAAUUGGGUCGGGGAACAAGCACUUUUGAUGGCUAUGCCAUUGCAUAUGCUGUAUUCCGGCAUUUGAUUGAGAAGGUUAACUGCCGCAUGCUAUUUGCGACACACUACCAUCCGCUCACGAAAGAGUUUGCCUCUCAUCCACGCGUUACAAUGCAACACAUGGCUUGUGCUUUCAAGUCAAAAUCUGAUACUUAUUCCACGCGUGAUCGAGAACUAGUUUUCCUAUAUCGGCUUGCCUCCGGAGCAUGUCCAGAGAGCUAUGGUUUGCAGGUUGCCCUCAUGGCUGGAAUCCCAGAAAAAACGGUAGACAUUGCUUCUAUAGCUAGCCAACAGAUGAAAAAAUCAAUUGGACAAAGUUUUAGGUCAAGCGAACAGAGAUCCGAAUUCUCAACCCUUCAUGAAGAAUGGUUGAAGACCUUGGUGUCUAUCUCACGACUAGAGGAUUGUAACUGGUUGGACGAAGAUGUGUUGGAUACAUUAGUAUGUGUGUGGUAUGAACUUAAAACUUCAUUUAUAUCAGGCAAGUAG